AUGCCUACCCUGCCCAAGAUUCGCCUAGGCCUCGGGCGGCAGCAAGUCGACGAUACCAUCGUACCUGCCGCUGCCGAAAGAGCGACGGACGACGCCAAAUUGGGUACCGAAAACGUGGCAAAUGAAACAGGUGCACAGGGAGACGAGAAACCAGUGCUUCCCAGCGAGAAUGUGCAACAUGGUGUGCAAAGCGUACAGGCCGUCACACUCACCUGGUCGAAGCGAUCACUGGUAGCCGUUUUCGUCAAUCUCUCGACCUUUUGCGCCGCCCAGGUUUUCUAUUCUAUUGGAUUUGGAGGCAUCAUCUAUAGUGUGGAUGUUAUUACGGCUGACGCCACGAGCCUAAAGAAUCGAGGACUAGCGUUUGCGUUCACUUCUUCUCCCUACAUGAUAACUGCAUUCGCCGGCCCGAAGGCUGCAGAAGGAUUUUACGAGAACGUCAACUGGCGGUGGGGAUUUGGAUGCUUCUCAAUUAUCCUACCCUGUGUGGCGGCUCCUUUGUUCACAAUCUUGAAGUUCAACCUUCGAAAAGCCGAGCAGCAAGGACGUAUCCUCCGGGAAAAGAGCGGAAGAACAGUGGCGCAGAACAUUUGGAUGUUUGUGACGGAAUUUGAUGUUCCCGGAGUCAUCUUAUUCGCCGGCGGCCUCACUACAUUCUUACUGCCCUUCACACUCGCCGACUCAGCGCCUGACGGUUGGUCGUCAGGUUAUAUCAUCGCCAUGAUUGUCGUGGGCUUUAUCGUCCUUGGGAUCUUUGCGCUCUACGAAACAUUCCUCGCCCCCACACCGUUCCUCAACGUUCACCUCAUGACCGACAGAACAAUCAUUGGAGCUCUUGCCCUCUGCGCGACAUACCAAGUCUCCUACUACUGCUGGAACAGCUACUUCACCUCGUUCCUCCAGGUUGUGAAUAACCUGAGUGUUUCGGAAGCGGGAUAUGUUGCAAGUACUUUUGAUGUCGUGUCCGGCAUCCUUCUUUUGAUCGUCGGUUUCUCCAUCAGAAAGACGGGAUACUUCAAGUGGCUUCUUUACUUCGCCAUUCCACUCUACGUCUUUGCACAGGGGCUAAUGAUCCAUUUCCGCCAACCCAACGGUUAUAUUGGAUACGUUGUCAUGUGCCAAAUCUUCAUUUCAGUUGGUGGAAGUAUCUUCAUCAUCGUUCAACAGCUGUCGAUUCUCGCCGCUGUUGACCACCAGCAUGUCGCUGCAGCUCUGGCACUCCUCAGCGUUGUUGGUAAUAUUGGCGGUGCUGUUGGCAACUCUAUCUCUGGCGCUAUCUGGACCAACACUUUUGCCAAGGCCCUCGAGCGAUAUCUCCCGGCCACGGCUUUGCCGGAUCUGGCCGAAAUCUACGAAAGCCUCGAGACGCAGCUCAGCUACGAAGUCGGCUCCCCGGAGCGACUUGGUAUCCAGCAGGCGUAUGGAUACGCACAAACCAGGAUGCUUGCGACGGGCACUGGUAUCAUGGCACUGUCAUUCAUCUGGGUCCUUCUCAUCCGCAACAUCAACGUUGGAACCAUUAGGCAGACUAUGGGCAAUGUCUUCUGA